AUGCAUGAUCCCUCAGCACGCAGGGUACGAUGGUUUUACACAAUUUUCCUUCAAAUUUUUUAAAAAAGUAAUAGGCACAGAAUGAAAAAACAUGCUUUUUCGCUUAAAAUAUAUAAAGUAGCCAAAGAAGCCCAUGCUCGUGCUUGUGGUGUUUUGGGUCCGAAUUAAAAGGUCGUGUUCCAUCUCUAGGUCAGAGUCCUUUGUGUUUUUAUGCUGUUUGUACAUUUUUCAAGUUUAGUUUAUGAAUUCUUGUGCAUAGUUGCUUUCUUAAUCCUACUUGUUGCCGCAUCGUACUCGUUGAAAUGGAAUUACAUAUACAUGCAGUCAAAAACAAGUAGGAGUUGUGUAUAAAAACGAAAGCUCAAAACCAGGCAAUAGCAGUAUCUCUAACAACAACAACAACAUACAUAACUGCCUGUGGAGCGUACGUUGAGCGCGCCAUUAGCUCAAGGUCAAUAGCAACAAAAUGAAUUGAGACUGGGCGUAGAAAUAGCUUGAAAGCAUGUUGUGCUUUGAGUCGGACAAAAUGAACUGGUAUUACCAUGUUUUGGCUAGACGUCCGUAUCUGGUGGUUACUGCCAUCGCCGUUAACUGCGUCGCAUGUAUAAUUGUGGCGCUUUGUUUUAACAAGCUGCCAGACUUCACGGACCCUACCUUGGGAUUCGAGACACGCGGAACGGAGAUUGGCAAACGAUUGACUGCCUGGCACAAUCUACUGCAGGAAUCUGAUCGCAAUGGCGCCUUGUUCUCCAAUCCAUCGGAUUUGUAUCAGAAACGGCAACAAGCCUGCGACCUGUUGUUGUAUCCAACGCAUCGUCGACGAAAGAAUCGCAAUCGAAUGCAUAAAAACAAACGACGGAAGCAGCAGAUGGUGCGCAAACGAUAUGAGCACGAGCAGCGGAAGCUGGAAAUGGUAGACUUUAGCCAACGUCUGAAAGGUGUAGGUGGGACUCAAAAUGAAAAGUGGAGAGGUGAUAGUGGUAUCUUUCGGGACUACGAGAUUACGAAUGAUACCGUUACUGGUUCCGUAUUGGAACCUACUAAACGCAGUGAACACUUCGAGUAUGGGCACAAUACAACAUCUGUGGAUGAGGAAACGCACCGCGAGCGUGUGCAGACAAAGAAGAGUACUUGGUUAUUACUUAAGCAGGCGGCUUCGCUUCCCACCAGCUCCUGGACUGGUGCAGAUGUACGGCAACCAAUUGACGGUUAUUUUUGUGAUGCUUCUUUGCGCAAGGAAUAUGCCCACUUUGUAGUGCAACGCAUUGGCCGAAAUUCGACGAACUCUCUGUUUGAUCUUAAUGGCUUACUGGCGAUGUGUCAACUGCAGGAGCAAAUAGCUGCCGUUCCCAGCUAUGAUGCCUUCUGUGAACUUGAAAAGCUCACCUCUAACUGUUGUCGCCCGUGGUCGCUGCCUAAUUAUGCUGCUCUUCUUGCAAACCGGAGUUCCUGCUUUGAUCUCACCGGUGAGGAUGUAACAGCGCUGCAGUCGCUUCUGCUCAGUUGCUACGACUACUACCACGAUUUGAAAAUGGACGACAACUGCAAUAAGUUUAAUCGCUGCUAUGCUCCUGUUGAGUGCAUGCGCAACAAUAUCGUUUACAAUAUUUUGCAUUUUCUAAGCGACCUAAACUUUAUAAAACCAAAUGAUACCAACGUUUAUUUAAACUAUGCCAUGAUUUUCGUGCCUGUAGUGAAAUCAAACCAUAUGCUAAAAUUAUUUCACGAAUGGGAGAAAGUAGCUUUACGUAACGAACUAGUGGAAGUAGUUGCUAUGGAUUUAGGACUGGAAAAUGAGCUUUUCAAUGAACUUCUGGUCACGGAUGUGUGGCUCGUAGCUUUAGGUGGCAUUUUCGUCAUGACCUGUGUCUGGCUGUAUACCAGCUCCUUGUUUAUCACAGUGAUGUCUUGCCUGGCAAUAUUUUUCUCUUUGGGGCUGGCAUACUUUCUAUACACAUUGGUCCUGGACUUAUCCUUUUUCCCUUACAUGAAUUUGCUGGCUGUCGUGGUCAUAAUUGGGAUUGGGGCCGAUGAUGUGUUCUUGUUUCUAAAGAUUUGGCAGUGUGUAUUAGCCGAACGUUUUACCAAAACGUCAACUUUAAACACUCAAGCGACCCUGCCCACAACUCUUGAGCACGAACACACUGAGACACUGCAGAAUCUGAUGUCCUUGACUAUGCGACAUGCGGCAGCCUCCAUGUUCGUAACUUCCGUCACAACUGCAGGUGCUUUUUAUGCCUCCUACAUAAGCUCCAUCACGGCUAUUAAGUGCUUUGGUAUUUUUUCCGGCACUGUUGUGGUCGCGAACUAUCUUCUCAUGCUCACCUGGUUGCCCGCUUCGGUUUCAAUUAUGGAGCGAUUGUUCGCCAGUUCCAUGACAUGCCAGCAGCAGCUGGACCAAAAGCUUUUGAAUGCCUGCAAGAAGUCAAUUAAUAAAUUUUAUGAGCUCUUUGAAGAUGUCAUCACACAGUUGGUCAUGAACUACGCCUAUUUCUGGCUGCUUAUUUUUGGCGCUCUGGGCGCAUUAAGCGGUGUAAUAGUAUUGUGGUAUCCGGGUCUUCAACUUCCGGAAAAGUCUCAGUUGCAGCUUUUUGUCUCACAACAUCCAUUCGAGAUAUACAACACGCGCCUGAAGCAAGAGUUUUGGUUCGAAAAGCCGCUGCGGGCAUAUGAGAAUUUCAAGAUGCACAUGCGCUUUGUUUGGGGUGUCCAACCUCUAGAUGAUGGCGAUUAUACAAACCCCACUUCUUAUGGCAACCUCUAUUACGACAAUAAUUUUGAUAUCUCAAGUAAGGCAGCGCAGACGUGGCUUUUGGAGUUUUGCCGGAGCAUUCGUCGACAGCCGUUCUAUCAGCACAGUUUUGGAAUACUGCUGCCGAAUUGUUUCAUCGAGAACUUCAUAGAUUUUAUGGAGCGCAGAUGCAUUGAUGGCAUGGAUGACACACAUACCGAUCGUACGCCCUGCUGCGAUGCCCAGUUUCCGUACGAGCCGCACAUUUUUAAACUGUGCGUUCCGCAGAGCAUAUCAGAUAUUUACGAUACGCCGCGUUUCUUUCAACCGGGAGUAGCAGGUCCAAAAUUUGCAGCGCCCGUUACAACUAGCAUCUGCGAAAUGGACGUUAGAGACCAGGAGUUUCUGGAGCUCAAUAGCAGCAGCAAUGGCAACCUCUUAGCCUACAAUGCUACAAUGUCAGCGCCGCCACAGAUCAAAGCGGUGGUUAUUGAGUUUGAAUCGAAUGUCUCGUAUAGCACUAUCUAUACGGAUAUCAAGCAGUUCUACGAAACUGUCGAGCAAUGGUUCCACGAGAGUUUGAGCACAGCACCUAAAGAGCUGCAGAACGGAUGGUUCAUCAGCGAUCUCAACUUUUUUAACGUUCAGGAUACACUACCGCAAGAUACCAUUAUUUCCAUUGCAUUGGCCAUGGGGGCCGCGAUGGUGGUGCUGCUGCUAUUUACACUCAACCUGCUCAUCGCGUUAUAUGCUGUACUCACGGUCUCGCUUACAAUAUUCAAUACGGUCGCUGUUCUUAUUCUACUGGGCUGGAAGCUCAACGUACUCGAGAGCAUAGCGGUUAGUACCGCCAUUGGGCUAGCCGUAGACUUUAGUUUGCAUUAUGGCAUACACUAUCGUCUGUCGCCGUCGAAAGAACGCCUGGCGGCCACACAAUUCGCUCUCUCACGCAUCGUUGGACCCACUGUUAUGGCUGCCUGCACCACUGGAUUCGCUGGGUGUAUCAUGUUAUCGUCCAGCAUACUUCCCUAUAUACAAAUCGGCAUCUUUCUGGUUGUGGUUAUGAUCAUCAGCUGGCUAUACGCGACAUUUUUUUUGAUGAGUUUGCUAAGGAUCGCUGGACCCCAGUAUGGUUUUAUGCAGCUAAGCUGGCGUUGGCCUAAGUGUCGGAAACGACGUCACACUACCAACAGCACUAAAUUCUACGAACGCAAACCGAGCCAAGUGAUUGCCAGUGAACAGCUGUUAACUCCCACAAGCUCUGCUAUUGUGGAGCUGGCCAAUUCGGAAACCCACGAACUGGAGUCUCUGAACUCGAACAGCUUGAUAAAAACAAUUUCGGGUGCAGAGAGCGGACAUGCGCUUGCGCCGCUGCCCUUGGACUUCGAGCACUCCUUUCAGGUGCCAACAGCAAAUAUCGGUGAACGCAAAUAUCAGUCUGCGCUGCUAAAACAGGAACACUAUCCGUCAACUUCACAUUAAGCACCUGGAGAGACUUUCGACUCAAGCAAUUGAAUUUUUUUAACAAGGGGUCGAAACUGCCUAAUAUAUGUACUUGUACCAUUUAACUGUUAUCAUAUGUAUAUGUAGAUACUAGUUAUUUAUAUGCAAAUGUGUAAGCCAUGUGUGAGCUAUUUACUGAAAUAUUUAUUUGUGUGUGUGUACUUAAAUGCUUGUAUUUGUACGCAUUUUUCAAAAGACUAACAAAGUGAAACAUCCUUUUAAUUAUGGACGCUCCCUAUCCGUGGCAACAUGUGACGUCUGAACAAUUAGUUAACUGAAGCAAUUAGCUCCGCGUUGACUUGAUAUGUAUACAUACAAAUGUAUGUAUGUAUAUACACACGUACCAGCGGCAUUAUUAGAUUGUAAGUAGUUGUUAGAUAUACAUAUUUGGAUAAGCCAUAUGUUUGUGUAUGAACGCAUUUUAUUAUAAUCAAGUCUAUUUAUACCGUGCAUGUUUUAUUAGCAGAUAGCCUGAGCGUUCGUUUGUUGAUGACACUAGUAUUAAAUAUCUUUGUAUGUAUAUAGAAGUAUUCAUAAUCCAGUUGUAUACAUAUUUUAGACAUCAAUUGUUGCUAUCCUAACUAUCUAACGUUCAAAGCCAAAAACACAUUCUCCCAUUUGUAACAACCACAUAACUGUGAUACGAAGACGACAAAUUUCAAAACUUGCCACGAUUAAAUGGCAUGAAUAUGAAAACAAAACCUAGACGCAUUGUAUUAACUACAACUGAAACUAUGUACUUCCUUCAUUGAACUUAAAUGUGUUAAAGUGAUUAAAUAAAUGUUAAUUUAAAAUGCCAAAA